GACACAUGUUAUGUACGUGCCAUCAAGUGGUGGAGGAAGUACAGUCAUUCGUUCCGCAACUAAUGCCAAGUUAGGUUACGAUGCUACUACAAGAAGACUCUAUGUUGUCGAAGGUAUAUCCUUAUUCUCGAUGAAACUAGAUGGGUCUGAUAGCCAGGGAAUGUUUGAAAUUGGAGGAGGCGUUAAAAGAUUCAGUGUGGAUGACAUUUAUGAAAAGAUCUAUUAUAUUGCCAGGGCAACUGAUUACACGAACUUAAGAAACUUUGAUGGAUCAAAUUUUACAGAAUUGCUUGGUAGAGGAAAUGAUGAUCUUACUGAUAUUCAAGUCGACUCUACGAUGAAGUAAGUAUGGUUCGGGUUGGGAUUAAUCCUAGGGUUGGAGGUUAGAGUUAGGUUUGGGAAUAACACUAGGGUUAAGACGCGUACGAUAGAAAUUUUCUACUUAUAUGAAAAUUUUACAUGGUACUUCAAAUAUGAAAUUAUAUCUGUGGAAUAAACUUUACCGUUUAUUGCACUUUGCCCCAAUGGUCUCGUUCUCAUGGUAAUCAUUUCCUUAUGUUUUGAACACAAUAAAGUUCAAUAGGCUUGUGAUUGGGCUUAAGAUCAAAGAGAAACAUAUUUGUGGGCUAAACAUCGGGCGCCAUGCUACAACAGGCAAAGAUGGAGACGAGGGUGUUGAGGAAAAAGUGGUUCCAAUAAACGAUAAAAUUCCACGUCUGAAAAUAACAAAAUAAACAUUUCAUGUGAAAUCUAGAAUUUGUACAUAUGAAAUUUGAUUUAGUGUAUAUAUUGUAUUUUUUUUCAUUAUCGUCUAGCUUGUUAUUCUUCGCCGCCGAUGAAUCUUUGGAGAGAGAUUUAGUUGUUUAUAAUAUUACCUCUGGAGGAGAAGCGAGGACAUUAUACAACGCCAACAGUUCAUCUAUCAGGCUGACAAUCGACAGACUGAACCAGAUAAUUUACUGGAUCAGUUAUAACACUGAAAGUAAUAGUUUGAUGUUGCGAAAGACAGACUACAAUGGCAACACUACGGUUAUUACCGGUUCAUUCGCACAAUCUGGACGACCUGCUAUUACCCAGAUUGGAGACUACUAUUACGUGCUUGAUUCAACUCAAUCCAUUAUUCGUAAAUACGAUAAAGCGACCGAUACAGUUGUUCAAAGUAUCACUGUUUAUGGUGGGGCAACUGAAAUAAUUGGCGCUAACGGUAAGGGUAUUAUUGGAAUUACGGUACUACACCAGACAUGAGUCCCUAAUUUCCUCAAUGUACUCCAUGUAUACUAAGCCCUUGAUGCCGUGUGCGGUAAAUCGCGUACCGACAUACUGGAGGGACGCCAAUUGGCACCUAGCCGACUGCAGACUACAUGCGGGAGCAUGCUGGAAAACUCAAUUCAAAUGAUUACUUUCAACUCAUCGCAGCCAAUGAGUUGGAAUGUUCUUUUUCGUAGUGCCGACUGCGAUAGGGUUUUCAUCGAAUUCAUCGAAUUUUGAUUUUGUACAUCAUGCAGGUUUUGUAAAUUCCGACGUGAUGUGAUUCUAAAGUCGUACUGCAAAAUAGGCUAGAAAACUUUCAUACGGAAGCUGUGGUCGUGUUGUUUAUUCUCGAACUGUUGCUCCGCGCGGGAGACGACAUCCGUACUCUACCAAGUUCAUGUCCAAAUUAAUAUUUAACCGUAUUCUAUGCUAGACUAACUUAAAGUAGCUAAUAAUAUUACGAUCUGUUACUUUUUUCAUUUCAGCCAAGAGCCACACACAUAUUGUAGUACACUGUUUUUCUUCUGAUAAUAUACCUCAACGAAAACUCAUUCAGCUAACCUCAUGAUACUUUUUUUCUUACUAGACCUGGACGAGUGUACCCAAGAUCCCUGUGAUCCAUUGGCGGACUGUACAAAUAUUAUUGCCGGAUAUUCUUGUGUUUGCCAGUCUGGUUACACUGGAAACGGGAGUGUCUGUAACGGUAGGUCGAUAAUUACUAUUAUUGUUAGUAUACAGUAUAUUAAUAAUAUACAGUCACACCCAUUGCAAAGUAUUAGUUGCGGCAAUGUAGCGAUAAUAUAGCAAAAGCAAUAAGUGUAGGUUAUUUUGAGGCAACGAGGGGAUAUGUGAUUUAUUCGCAGAGGCGCUCAGCGCCGAGGUGAAUAAACACAUAUCCCCGAGGGGCCUCAAAAUAACGUACUUAUUUUUUUCACAUUGCGAGGUCGCGUUAGUGAAUCAGAAUAGAAAUAAUUCUUAAUGCCAUAUUGCCUUCGUGACGUUGUUUUUUCUCAUUUUUUGUGCUGCAAAUUAAGACAUUGCAGGGGAAUAUUAGAGGGGAUUAUUAGAGGGGAUUAUUAGAGGGGAUUAUUAGAGGGGAUUAUUAGAGGGGAUUAUUAGAGGGGAUUAUUAGUGGGGAUUAUUAGAGGAGAUUAUUAGAGGGGAUUAUAAGAGAGGAUUAUUAGAUGGCAGCAUUUCGAGGGUGUAGCUCUGUUGGGGAAGGGCGCGCAAGUCGGCUUACCACAAACUCCACCAUGCUAGAAUGGCUCAUAUGUAAUGUAACAUAGGCGUUAAUGUGAUGGCUCAUAUGUAAUGUAACAUAGGCAUUAAUGUAACAUAGGCGUGAAAAAUUUUUUAAACUUAUUAAUGUAUAGAUAACUUUUUUGUAAAUCUGAUGAAGCUACCGUGCUUAAAUAAAGAUUUGACUGAGUGACUGCUCAAACUUAGGGAAGCGUCCAGUGAUCUUUUCAACAUGUGCAAACGAUGGCGAAAAUUGAGCAGUUCAACGCCAUCCUCCAGUAGGGAUUCGUUGCACGAACCUUCUCCAAAAACGUCGAUAGCCCCAUGGUGCGAAACAUACAUGAAUUAAGAAGUGCAAUCAAGCAUGCUGAUUGCCGCGCAGUUGAUUGAUUCUUAGCAACAAUUGGAAAAUUUUGUACACUAAUCGUCAGGAUUGAAGAAGCCGCAGCUGAGACAAUGCAUGAACUUGGCUCCAACGCUUGCUGGUUGCUGACUGCUUGCUGAUGCUCAAGUUUACUGAUACAUGGUCAUGGACUGGGCCUACAGCCCAAAAUCAGGGGUUUGAAAACGUGGUUGCAUGGUUGUUGAGACAGGAGGUUACACUACGAGAGUAUCGAUUGACAAAUGUUAUUGCGGAAUGCGUAUGGUAACGCAUUCACCGUCGCCUACGAUGAAUUUUCUGAAGAAGGUGGAAAAGAAAGCCACAUGUUUGGUAACAAUGUGGACCACGUCUUCACAAACCAGGUGAAAUAAAUAAUCCGAGAAGUACCAACGUAAACUCGAAGUAAAAAGACAGGACGGGUCAACUUGUUCGGCCGCAACCGUAGCAGUUAAAUUAAUUUGAUGCUAGCCCGCUCGAAAAUUCAGCGAUAUUUCCCAUUGAAGUGACGUCUUGGCUGGUUGCAGGCAUUGACUAACAGCUGGAGAUUCGUUGUUUAAAUGGCCAUAACGCUAUUGGUUGGCCGCCAGCAUGCAUAACUGAAAGACAUGAAUCCGUGUUGCGUACGUAGCAGUUUUGCGAAAAUGAAGGGAAAACAUAUGAUAAUGGCUGCAUUGUGCUGCAUUGAGUGUAGUCAGUUGCUGUACUAUAUUGUGUUCUUGUGUAUGAAGUUCGCUCUUACUAAAUGAGAGUUGAAAUAAAUGCAUUAAACUUAUAAAAAAUACGCGGAUUUUGUAGGAUUUUCUUUCAAAUGUGCAGGCAGAAAUUCAGCUAAAAUUUCAGCGCGGGGAAGAGACCAAAUUUCACAAUCUUAAUUCAAAAACGAAUUGAUCCAUAUAUCAGGCAAGCUGAAUGACUGCCUCUUUCGUUUGGUAUUGUCACGAACACAUAAGUAAGAAACCUUCCAAACACUACAGAAACAAAUACACCCAUUCUACUUGAUCAAUUCACAUAUUUUUGUUUCUUGCAGAUAUCGACGAAUGUAUUGAGCUAGAUUCCAACCCCUGCUCAAACGGCUCCUUUUGUGUCAACGAAAAUGGCACAUAUCGCUGCGAAUGUAAUCCCGGUUACAACCACAAUGGCACACAUUGCAAUGGUAAGUAUAUUUAGAUAUAAAGUAGGACACAUCGGGCGUAAUGCAACCUAAUCGGUUACCCAGACACGUUGUCAGACAAUCCGGUUAACCGGUUAAAUGUCAGCGUUCUCCCCUUGACGAGCAAAAUCGUCUGGCGUUUUAAAGUGAGUAUAAAAUAAUAAUUGAAUAUUUGAUUGAUUGGUUAAUUAAGGAACUACGAACAAUUUUGGCCCAAGGUGGUUAUCACACUGCUCACUAUUCAGGCCACAGCUUUAGAAUCGGAGCGGCUACCACAACUGCGUUCGAAGGUUUGCCUCAUUGGCUUAUUGAAACGCUAGGAACAGGGUCUUCCUAUAUAUUGUUACCUCAGAUAUAUUCGUUCGCCAAUCAAAGUCCUUACAGACGUUUCGAAACGAUUGAUUGCGGAGUGAUUGCGCUGGGUAUGGAAAUUAUGAAAUACACACUCGAGAGAACAUUUUCUACUUAUCAUAUUACGGAGUGAACAAUAACACAACAUAACAUAACACUUGCAGAAAUAGUAUGGUUCGAUGCUGAAUUAAUAUAAACUAGUAUGUUUAUGACAUUCAGUAUAUAGUUCAUAAUUUCCAGUAUUAAAUCCGUCUGACCGUGUAGUUCAGUUGGUAGAGCGUCGAUAUAGUAAUUCGAAGGUCGCGGAUUCAAGACCCAGCCGCAGCAGACAAUAUCUUUCUGCUUGCGCUGGGUAUGGAAAUUAUGAAAUACACACUCGAGAACAUUUUCUACUUAUCAUAAUUAUUACGGAGUGAACAAUAACACAACAUAACAUAUAUAUAUAUAUAUAUAUAUAUAUAUAUAUAUAUAUAUAUAUAUAUAUAUAUAUAUAUAUAUAUAAAUCAAUUUAAAAAUCAGAGACUAUGCAAUUCGACCAUCAAUUUAUUAAAAAAACUAAAACAUACUAAAAUAAAAGCUUAAAAGUUAAAAACAUUGCGGUCUUCAACAGAACUGCCGAAAUGUUUUUAACUUUUAAGCUUUUAUUUUAGUAUGUUUUAGUUUUUUUAAUAAAUUGAUGGUCGAAGUUGCAUAGUCUCUGAUUUUUAAAUUGAUUUAUAUAUAUAUAUAUAUAUAUAUAUAUAUAUAUAUAUAUAUAUAUAUAUAUAUAUAUAUAUAUAUAUAUAUAUAUAUAUAUAUAUAUAUUUAUUAACUUUACAACCAUACAUAAAAUAGACUAAAAAACUACAUAAUAUGGUUGAAGGUAUGGUCAACAGGACAUGAAUAGCCCCAUAUGAAGACCAACCUUAAUGAAAACAAACUAUAACAAACAUAAAUCAAAGACGAUAACAAGUAUAAAAUUUACAGAAAACAUGACGAAUUACGAACAACAGCUUAAGUUGAAAGAGCGGCACUUAGAACAGAAGGUUUUCCAAGUGCGCAUUCUGUUUACAUCGAAAGAUGAAUGAAGCAGAGAAGAGUAAUGAACAGUUAGUCUGUUUUUAAAGGAGGAAACGGAUGAACUAUUACGAAUGGUAGGAGAGAGAUUAUUCCAAAGAAAGACAAUUCGGUUGAAAAAAGAGUUCCUAAAGAGAGAAGUCCUGCAAUGAUUGACACGAAUCAAGUUGUCCGAACUUGAACGGGUGUGAGACGAGCUGCUUGAAGAAAAAGUGACGAAAGAGGAGAUAUCUAGGUCGAACAGACCGUGCUUACAUUUAAAAAAGAAGACGAGAUCCUUUAGUUCCAUCCAGUAGGAUAUUGGUAAUAAAUUAAGCUUUUUAAGGCGUUCAGGAUAUGGCAACUCAUAAUCCUGAAGGAUAAAUUUACUAGCUCGUCUUUGAACACCCUCGAUGAUCAAUAUGACUACCAUAUGACAGAUGAGAUCGGACGAGAGCAAGAUAAAGAAGCCUACGGCAGCGAAUAUCAGACAUUUGCGUACAAUUCCUACGAAGAAAACCAAGCAUACGAUUGCCUUUUGCAGUGCAGCUGGCGAUGUGAGGGGACCACUUUAGGUCAUUGCUGAUAACAACACCCAAGUCUACUUGGUUAGCUAUGCUCUUAACUGGAUCGUUGUUAAGAAAGUAGCAAUGAGUUGGAGGGUUACGUUUGCGAGAUAUCCUAAGUAGGAGCGUUUUCGAGACAUUAAAUUUCAUUUUCCAGUUAAGUGACCAGUUGGACAUAGCGUCCAGGUCAAGCUGAAGGAGACCACGAUCAACUGGUGAUCGUAUAGCACGAUAACACUUGCUGUCAUCAGCAAAAAGUGCAACGGUACUAUUAUUGGUUACCUCGGGAAGGUCAUUUACAUAAAGAAUGAAUAAAAGUGGACCUAUUACACUACCUUGUGGCACCCCAGAGGUAACAUUAAGAAAAGAUGAGGAAGCUCCUUCAAUGACAACACACUGUUUGCGAUCACGAAGGUAAUCAGCAAACCAGUUAAGAAGUGGACCUGAGAUUCCAAACGAUUUGAGUUUGAACAAAAGUUUGCUAUGGGACACCGAGUCAAACGCUUUAGCAAAGUCGAGAUAAAUCAGGUCUGUUUCCUUUCCAGAGUCAAGAGUACGACCAAGGUCGUGAAGUACACUCAAAAGUUGAGUAACACACGACCUUUUACAACGAAAGCCGUGUUGAAGGUCGUACAAGGAGUUUUCAACAAAAGAAGAAACCUGCCUGAAAAUUAAACGUUCGAGAACUUUUGAGACUUGAGAGAGUAAGGAAACUGGUCUGUAGUUAGUGACCUCAUGAGUGUCACCCUUUUUGGGUAUAGGCACGACAUUAGCAGCUUUCCAUUCAGAAGGAAAAACACCCUGCUGAAGAGAUAACUCAAAAAGAGCAGUCAAAGAAGGGGCAAUUACCUCAGAACAUCGCUUUAGAAGGUAAGCUGGAAUACCAUCUGGACCAGUAGCCUUAGAGGGUGACAAAUUGGAUAACAAAGACUGAACGUCGGAUUCAGAUACGUUUAAUGAGUCAAGAGAGUUGGAAGCUGGACUAGAGGGGGUAUAAGGGGGUGAAGAACUUGUGUCAGAGGUGAAGACUGACGUAAAAAAUUUGUUAAAGCCAUCCGCUUUUUCUGACCUUUAUAUAUAUAUAUAUAUAUAUAUAUAUAUAUAUAUAUAUAUAUAUAUAUAUAUAUAUAUAUAUAUAUUUAUAUAUCGUUUGGCAUUAACCAUACCAAAUAUCAAAAGUAUACAAAGAUAUAUAUAUAUAUAUAUAUAUAUAUAUAUAUAUAUAUAUAUAUAUAUAUAUAUAUAUAUAUAUAUAUAUAAUUAACAAUUAUGCCAUGAGCUCGAGUCGUGUAUGAGCCGACAGCCAUCAGCUCAUAUACGACGGGAGGGAAUGGUAUAAUUGUUUUAUAAUAUAGUCUAAUAGUCAUUAGUAUAAACCUACUAAUAGGCUAUCAUGUAUCGUGCGUUCUGAUUGGCUACGCUGCUAGUAGGCUAUUAGUGAUAGCCUACUAGUAGCAACAAGCGGCGAAGGGGACGAGAAUCAAUGGCCGUUUUUAAGAACUAAAAGCUGCAUUUAAAGGGGAAAAGUUUAUCAAAAUGGCCUAAUUUUGGUUCUGGAUUACACACAAACAAAGACUCUUGGAAACUGCUGACAAAUGCGGUAAAAUUUUUAAAGUUUUUUCAAGUUUGGUCGUUGUUUUGAACAUGAAAGUGACAGGCGAUUUUUUAAAAUAUGUGCACAAUGUUUCCUUAUAUUCCAAGCAGAAUCGUUGAAAUUCAACAAUACUUUGUCUUUGUAGCUAUUUACCCCUAUUUUCUCAACCUCUUUAGUGUGUGCUUGUAUAAGUACGAGUUCAUGUAUUUAGCUGUCAUUUUAAAGAGUUUUUUUUGUUUAAAUGUUGAGAUUUUGGCCGAGUUUGUUUUUCGCCUUUUCGAGCCUUUUUAAGUCGAGUUUUUCGAUUAAACUUUAAUCUAAACUAUUGUCUACAUAUGUAUACUAGAUUAUGGAAAUGCUUUGCCUCUUUAUGUUCCAGAUAUUUUAAAGAUUUCAACGACCUUCGGAUAAACGGAUUCUUUUGCAUGUGUGUGCAUUUUUAUUCGGCUUUUUAACGUAAACUUACUAAUUUUGUAACUAUUCGGGAAGCCAUUUUGUGUUCGAAAUUUUGGACUUUUUAAACCUUGUUUCCUUCUUUUAAAUAAGUUUUAAUUAACUAAACUUUGCUUCUAUAACGGUCUCCUGUUUACGACAUGUUUUUUAACUUUUUAAAACUCACAAGUUGUAUUUUUCAAGUCAUUCUUGGGAGUUCGCAACACUGACUAUAUAGUUGUCAACGAGGUUGUCAACAAAGCCGAGGCGAAAUGCGCCAAAGGAAGCCAUUUAAACGCUCAUUUCGUUAAAACGUUAUUAUUUUACAUAAAAAACAAGUGAAAAUUCCGUUUUCUUUAUGUGGUUUAUACUAAAACAAUUAGACAACUCAGCCUCGUUGUCUCUGAACGAAUAGUCAACUCGGCUUCGCCUCGUUGACUAUUCGCUCAUAGACAACUCGGCUUCGUUGUCUAAUUGUUAAUUAACUGAAGAAAUAAUUAAUUAUCCUCUGUUACAAUGUCUUGACAAUUUGUUCGGGCAAAAACCGCUUGGCCUUGAAAUUUUGAAAUACUUUUGUUUUACAACUCGAAGACGAAGUGAAAGAAAUGGUUUUAGAACCGGUAUAUCUAACAGAAAAGCUCAGAUAUAUUAUACAGAUGUUUAGUAGUAUAGUAAGUGCUUGUUGACUGCAAAUUCAUUUGUCUUGCGUUGCAAACUUUUCUGAACAAUUUAUAUUCUCAAUGAACACGUUUUUUCACUGUUGUUUCGGUAUUAAAUCUUUAAAAAAAGUUGUAUUUAAACUAAUUUCUAUGUAACAAAUGUAUUUUCCUAACCUGUCAAAUUUUUUUGAGAGUUUUUCCUUGUACUAUUAUCUUUCUCAAAGCGAAUAUUUUUCUUUUUUCUACUUUCACCAACGCAUCCAGACAUUCGAAGAGUAUCAUGGGGCCAGAGUGCUCAAACAACCCGAAGGAAUGUGCUUUGCAUUAUUGCGAUUGGACUCCCAUUAGCUUUACAGCGUGCUAAACAACACCAAAGUGAGGCAGCGUAUUAGUACAAUCUGCGGACAUGCAUGUUUCGGCGGUCUACGUCUCGUCAGUGCAGCUUGAUACACGUCUAGAUACGUGAUGAAAUCCGGGUAUAUACACAUGCAAUUGCUCUCACCAAGCGCAUGUGAUAUAUUAUAUUAUAUAUAUAUAUAUAUAUAUAUAUAUAUAUAUAUAUAUAUAUAUAUAUAUAUAUAUAUAUAUAUAUAUAUAUAUAGAUAUAUAUAUAUAUAUAUAUAUAUAUAAAUAUAUUGCACUUGUUCUGCCGAUAUUAAAAAAUGCUUUUUGCCAUUUUUUACGAGAUGUGCAAUUAUCAUGCACAUCUGACGUGUAAGUACAUGCAUUUCCUAAACAAGAAGGCAUAAUUAAUUUUUUUUUGUUUACAAAAUAUAAAUUAUGCUUGAUAUAUUGCUUUAUUGUGUCUGUUAAUGACCAACUUAGCGCGGAUUAUUACAUGUAAAAUUGGCAAAGAUAUUUAGGUAAUUACUGCAUGGUUAUGACUUAUUGGUAUUAUAUUCAGUUUUUAUGGUGGUAUGUUUGUGGAGUUUCGCCCUGCUGAUUUCACUCGUAGAUAAUUAAUUAUUUAAAGUCAUCUUUAUUGCCAUAAGUACUGCUAGAUUGUGCAGAAAACCUCUCUCCUCCGCAGAGCCUCCUUAAGUAUUUACAAAUAACUUACAUGAAUUUUCCUGAAUAAAAGUGAGCGCGCGCGGUGUGAUAGGAAGAUUGAAAUGAAGUUUGGGAGGCUCUGGCAGAUAAUGCGACGAAGUAUGGUUUUUGAACCAAACUAGUUGUUUAAAUUUUUUUAAACUUGAAAUCGACGGAAAUGUGAAAGAAAUUGAAAUGAAUCUUCAUAAUCUGAGUAUCAAAGUUCAAUAGAGUCAUUUUUAUAAAGAAAUGUUGCAAUUAAGAGGAUAUUUAUAAUUAGAUAGCUCGUAUCCAUUGAUAUUCGUUUGCAAUUUCUCAAUAUUUUUCGAUGCAAAUGGACAGAAGAAGAUAUUGAUAUUGAAUUCACUCCAGGAUACUCAAGUACGCCUGAAAAUGAAAUUCGAAAACAUGUUUUAACACCCCCGAUGGUUGAUCGAACUUCGCUACAAACGAUUAUACACGACGCCAUAUUGAUUGCAUUAACACGCAGAGGCUUCCUUUAUUUAGCUCUUCCCAUCACUCCUUGCGCGCUCACUUUUCCCUCACUAGAAACUUCAUGUAAGCCUCUGCGGAGGAGAGAGGCAGAAAACAGUGCACAUACUUGAGGAAACUUUAUAUCAUACCCAAAUAUUCGCGAUGCGAAUAAGAAUUAUAUUUACGCUAUUUCCAAUAACGCACUUUCAAUGAAGCAAAAGAAACGAGUUCAAAUGCAAUUUUUAAUGUUUUAUAGCUAUAUGCUUGUUUUAUAGAUUGAUGAACGUGAGUAGAGUAGUCAUUAAAAAUCGGAGACUUCGUCAUUAGAUAAACAUAAAUAUAUACAAUGAUAAUAUGAUUCGCCAACAUUUAUUUAUUCGGAUGUUUAGACAUAGAGGAAUGUGAAAAUGGCCAUGAUUGCCACGUGAACGCUACAUGUACUAAUACUGUUGGGUCGUAUACUUGUGCUUGCAAUAACGGCUUUUCGGGAAAUGGUACUAUCUGUGAAGGUAUGUAUUUAGACAUGACAUGCAGUCACUCAUCCAGGAAUGUAUAGUAACACUUUUCGAGUGGGAUUAAGGGGAACAGUAUGUUUUGUGGAUCCUAGGCUGUCACCAAACAUAUUUUCGGACGGUCCCGGCCAAUAUUAUACCAAUUGGCGUGGAGGAAAACAAAACAAAAAACAAAAUUUAGGAACGAAAAAGCUACAUAAUUCUUACUUCAUAAAGAAUUUCACGAGCUUCACCUGAAACACUCUUAUCUAGUAGCCUAAGAUGCAAAAGUAGAGGAACUUUCGUACUCGAUAUGUAAUAUUUUCAGGAUUUUUUCAGGUUUUUUAAAAGUAGGGACUCGUAUACUGUUAGUCAUUAUUUGCACUCCUUCCCUUGUGAUUACCUGCUGAAGGAGACCAGAUUGUUUCAGAAUUUUUCUGAUUGUUUCUGAAUUUUUUUCUUUCUACAAAUUAUGUAAUAAUAUACUCCAGAUAAUGGUGGGUUUGCAAUUUCAGAACCGAGUACAAAGUGAGAAAAAUCAAAUUUCUUAUCCUGCGCACAUUUUAAUUGCAAUGCCUAAUCUUUCCAUUAUUCAAAACAACCAAUUCAAUCAUUUUAGUGAACUAGAUACUGUAGGUUAUUAAUUUACAGAACGACGGUAGUAUACUAGCCAAAGUGUAUUUUUGACAACACCUCAAGACAUCAAUCUCAAUUUUUUUAGAUCUGCAAUGCUACAUAGAGUGGAUAUAUUUAGCGACCGCAUCUGAAAUUUAUGUUAUCGUUCAUGGAUCGAACAUCGCGACCCUGACAAUGGCUACAAAUGCGAAAUUGGAAUAUGACAGACUGACUAAAAGAAUGCUGUAUUUUACUGAAGAUGGCAAUACAUUAUACACCAUGAAAUUGGAUGGGUCUAAUAAAACAGUAAUUUCAACUGGUAUUCAAAUGGACGCUUUUACCAUUGAUUAUACAUCGCGAUUUAUUUAUUACAUCAGCCAACUUGAUAACGAUUUGAAAGGAUUUCCAUUGUCGGACAGCUCGAAUAUUUCCGAUCUGAUCCUUAAUUUAGGCAGCGUAAAGGAUCUUGAUUUUGAUGGAAUGUCUCGGUAA